CGCACUCUCUCUCUCUCCAAACAGCUUUCUCUCUCUACUUUCUCUCCUCCCUCUCUCUCUGACAAAGCUUUCUGCAGAACUCUCUGUACGGGCGUUUGGUUGUCUUUCUCGCUUUUCUUUGUCUCUUUCCGCUCGAAAGCUUCCGAGCUUUUUAUAUUCUCUCCACACUUCCUCCUUCCUCCUUCUCCUCUACCAGUCAUGCUUCAGAGCUUAAUUGCUCAAUCCCCAAUCGCCGCCGCCAACCCUAACAAUAACAACCCUACCUCCUCCUCCUCUUCCAUGAAGACCAAGCGCGUUGACCGCGACCUCGCUGGCAGUGGAAGUGGCGAUUGCGACGCUGAAGACCCCUCCUUCACCAAGCGCCUCAAUUCGGGCCGAAACUUCCGUGAAAAAACCGCAGACGAUCGUGACACCGAACCGGUGGAGGAGGGCGAGUCGGCCGGACUCAGACUGUUGGGGCUCCUGCUACAAUGCGCCGAGUGCGUCGCCAUGGACAAACUUGACGACGCCAGCGACCUGUUACCGGAGAUCGCGGAGCUAUCAUCGCCUUUCGGGUCGUCGCCGGAGCGAGUCGGCGCGUACUUCGCGCACGCACUGCAGACGCGCGUGGUCAGCUCCUGCUUAGGUGCCUACUCGCCGCUCACUGCCAAAACCCUAACGCUCGCUCAGUCGCAGCGGAUCUUCAACGCGCUCCAAUCCUACAACUCCAUCAGUCCGCUAGUCAAAUUCUCUCACUUCACGUCCAAUCAGGCGAUUUUCCAGGCGCUGGACGGCGAGGAUCACAUCCACGUCAUCGAUUUGGAUAUAAUGCAAGGCCUCCAGUGGCCAGGAUUGUUCAACAUCCUAGCCUCGCGGACGAAGAAGAUCCGGUCAAUGCGGAUAACCGGGUUCGGGUCCUCGUCGGAGCUCCUUGAGUCGACGGGGCGAAGACUCGCCGAUUUCGCGAGCUCGCUUGGCCUCCCCUUCGAGUUCCAGCCGCUGGAGGGCAAAAUCGGGAGCAUAACCGAGCUGAAUCAGCUCGGAAUCAAACCGAGCGAGGCCACCGUGAUCCACUGGAUGCACCAUUGCUUGUACGACGUCACCGGCAGCGAUUUGGCAGCGCUGAGGUUGCUGGGCUCUCUGAGACCGAAGCUGAUCACGAUCGCCGAGCAGGAUUUGAGCCACAGCGGCAGCUUCUUGGGAAGGUUCGUGGAGGCCUUGCAUUACUACAGCGCGCUGUUUGAUGCGCUCGGGGACGGACUGGGCGCGGACAGCCUGGAAAGGCAUAUGGUGGAGCAGCAGCUGUUCGGCUGCGAGAUUAGGAACAUCCUCGCGGUGGGCGGGCCGAAGAGGACCGGAGAGGUGAAGGUGGAGAGGUGGGGGGAUGAGCUGAAGAGGGUCGGGUUUCGGGGCGUUUCGCUUGGCGGGAACCCGGCAGCGCAGGCAAGCUUGCUGCUGGGGAUGUUUCCGUGGAAAGGGUACACCUUGGUGGAGGAGAAUGGGUGCUUGAAGUUGGGUUGGAAGGACCUGUCGUUGCUCACAGCCUCUGCCUGGCAGCCGUUGGAUUGAAAUACUUUGACCGGAAUCCGGAAUGAUCAUCGUAGUUGUUUUUCAGUCGGCUGUAAUUCUUUGCGGGAGAAAAACACUGUAGUUAGUUUUUAUUUUUGGUUAUUUGUUAAAUGUGAAAAGAAAAAAAAAAAGAAUGGAAAAAUCCAUAGCUCAUCAAUGAGGUCUUAUUAUUUAAGUGAGAA